CCAAAACGCGAUGAGAAAGGAUGGCGUCGUGGGAGGCCCAGAUACUCACAGCAGACCCCGCCCACGUGUCUACGGCUGAUGACCUUCUUGACUCAGCUCCCUGCAGUGUUCACUUUUCUGCUUCAGUGCCAUCAAUAUUGCUUGAGACUUGUCUAAUGUGACUUUUUUGGUGCCGAUAAUGACAGACACUGGAGAGGACGAUGAAGAAUAUCACUUUCUACGAACGGGAGAUGACGUUGUUUUGCAGAGCACCUUCACCUCCCAGGAGGAACAUGUGAAGCUUUGUCUUGCUGCUGAGGGAUUUGGCAGCAGACUCUGCCGGCUUGAGCCCACCUCCAACUGCAAGAAUGUUCCUCCAGACUUGUCCAUAUGUGGCUUUGUCCUGACCCAGUGUCUCUCUGUGAGAGCGCUGCAGGAGAUGCUAGCCCACAGUGAGCACCUGGCUGCGGAGGUGGGAGCUGGAGGAAGCCAACGCACCCUCCUGUACGGCCAGGCAGUGUUGUUUCUCCACUCUUACAGUGGCAUGUUUCUCAGCUGCUUGUCCUCGUCUCAGUCUUCAACUGAUAAGCUGGCUUUUGAUGUCGGUCUGCAGGAGGAUAAAGCAGGUGAAGCGUGUUGGUGGACCGUUCAUCCAGCCUCCAAACAGAGGUCAGAGGGUGAGAAAGUGAGAGUUGGAGAUGACCUCAUAUUGGUCAACGUGUCUUCAGAGAGAUAUCUGCACUUGUCCCAUGGUGCUGUUUUUGACAACAAAAGCUUGAGUGACAGCCUGAUUGUUAAUGCAGCCUUCCAGCAGACUCUCUGGAGUGUUGCUCCCAUCUGCUCUGGAGGUGGAGUUGCUCAAGGAUACCUGAAGGGCGGAGACACGCUGCGGCUUCUCCACAGCCACAGUGACGCAUGUCUGACUAUUCCGUCCACAGAACAGGGAGAGGAGCUGCAAAGGAUAAUGCAUUAUGAGAGUGGAUCAGUCUCCAGUCAUGCACGCUCUCUUUGGAGGAUGGAGAUUCUGUGUGUCGUUUGGAGUGGUAGGCACACAUGCUGGGGGCAGCCUUUCCGACUCUGCCAUAUGACCACUGGGAGGUACCUGGGGCUGACUGAGGAGAAAGGCCUGCAUCUGGUCAAUCGGGGGAAGGCUGACAUCAACACCACCUCCUUCUGCUUUAGAUCCUCUAAGGAGAAGCCUGACACAAGCAAAAGGACUCAUAUGGAAGGCAUGGGAACCCCAGAGAUUAAGUAUGGAGACUCUGUGUGUUAUCUACAGCAUUUGCAGUCUGGGCUCUGGCUCACCUACCAAGCUAUUGAUGCCAAAUCCACACGCAUGGGAGUGGCCCAGAGAAAGGCCAUUCUGCACAGCGAGGGUCACAUGGACGAUGGACUGACGCUGUCUCGUUCUCAGAAGGAGGAAUCUCAUACAGCCAGACUCAUUCGUAGCGCCAUUUUCUUCUUCACUUGCUUUAUCAGGAAACUGGAUGGUUCAAGUCAAAAAGAAAACCUGAUGCCUUUCAAAGUCACACAUAGUCUGCAGGAUCUGAUCAACUAUCUCCAGCCUCCAUCAGAGGGACUGGAUCAUGAGGCUAAACAGAACAACUUGGCAGCACUUAGGAGUCGGCAGAGCAUGUUUCAAGAGGAGGGUGUGAUAGAUUUGGUCCUGGAUUGUAUUGACCGUUUGCAUCAGUAUAGCAGUGCUUCUCAUUUCGCUGAGGCUUCACAGAUUGACGCAGGAGAAGAGUGGGAGACAAUCCUCCACUGUUUCUAUGAGCUGUUAGCUGCACUGAUCAAGGGAAACCGAGUGAACUGUGCACAUUUUUCGGCUUCUCUAGACUGGCUUAUUAGUAAGCUAGACCGACUGGAGGCCUCCUCUGGAGUCUUGGAGGUUCUGCAGUGUGUCCUAGUAGAAAGUCCUGAAGCACUCAAUGUCCUUAAAGAAGGACACAUUCAUUCAAUCAUUUCUUUCUUGGACAAGCAUGGAUGUAACCACAAGGUGCUGGAGGUGCUGAGCUCUGUGUGUGUGUGCCAUGGUGUGGCAGUGCGGUCCAAUCAAAACCUCAUCUGUGACAACCUGCUGCCAGACCGGGACUUGCUGCUCCAAACACGUCUGGUUAAUCAGGUCACCAGCAUGAGACCAAACAUCUUCUUGGCUAUGAGGGAAGAUUCAGCCCAACCCAGGAGGUGGUACUAUGAGCUGGUUGUGGAUCAUGUAGACUCUUUCCUCACAUCUGAGCCCACACACCUGCGUGUUGGCUGGGCGUGCACUGAGGGAUACCAGCCCAGGCCCACAGGAGGGGAAGGCUGGGGAGGCAACGGGGUGGGAGAUGACUUGUCUUCCUAUGGCUUUGAUGGACUUCAUCUCUGGUCAGGCUGCGUGGGCCGCAGAGUGAACUCCCCGUUCCCUCACCUGCUCAAAGACGAUGAUGUGGUCAGCUGCUGUCUUGACAUCAGCGCUCCUUGCAUCUCCUUCCGAGUCAAUGGUCUACCUGUGCAGGGCAUGUUUGAAAAAAUCAGUGCUGAUGGACUUCUUCAUCCUGUAGUCAGCUUUUCUGCAGGAGUCACGGUUCGUUUUCUAUUCGGGGGAAGGCACGGAGAGUUCCGCUUCCUGCCCCCACCAGGCUUCGCUCCGUGCUCCGAGGCUCUGCUCCCCAGAGUCAAGCUUAGAGUCGAGCCAUGUCAAACAUUCAUCUUGGAACAGGGAGAAGGGAAACAUGAGCUCAUUGGCUCUUUAGUGCCUGCUACUCCAGUGACCUUUACUCCCACUACAGUCGACAUCAGCAAGGUGGUUUUGCCUCCACAACUUGAGGACAUCCGAGAGAAAUUGGCGGAGAAUAUCCACGAACUCUGGGCAAUGGACAAGAUUGAUCUUGGAUGGACACAUGGAUCUGUGAGAGAUGAAGCUAAGAGGCAUGAUCCCUGUCUGGUGGAGUUCUCCAGACUGCCAGAGCCAGAGAGGAACCAGAACCUUCAGGUGGCUCAAGACACCUUAAAGACCCUGCUUGCCUUUGGUUUCCACAUGUGUUUGACUGAUCUCAAUGCUGAGGAGAGAGUCAAAUACAUGAGAGUUGCUGCCAAGUAUGAGCAGCCCAGUGGCUAUAAACCUGCUCCACUAGACCUGAGCCAGGUUUUUCUGAGCCCUCCCCAUGAGGAAUUGGUGAAAUUGCUGGCAGAGAAUGAUCACAAUGUAUGGGCCAAAGAGCGUAUCAAGCAAGGAUGGACCUAUGGAGCCCAGCAGGAUGUGAAAGCAAAGCGGAGUCCUUAUCUUGUGCCAUACAGCCUCCUCGAUGAAAGGAGUAGAAGAGUGGGCAUGGAGAGUCUCAGAGAGGCUGUCUGUACGCUGCUGGCCUACGGUUACAGUCUGGAGACCCUCAACCAGGAGCAGACCAUGCUAUCAAAUCCAAGUCUUUUCUCUGCGGAGAAAGGCAGAGUGUUCAGACCAGAUAAUUCAUAUGCGGUAAACCAGGGGAAGUGGUACUUCGAAUUUGAAAUAGUGACAGCGGGGAAAAUGAGAGUGGGCUGGGCCCGACCGAGCUGUUCCCCAGAUAAAGAGCUCGGCUUGGACGAGCAGGCAUAUGUCUUUGAUGGAUUUGAGGCUCAGUGGUACCAUCACGGUGUUGAGCCUCUGGGACGCCCCUGGCAGAGAGGUGAUGUGGUGGGUUGCCUAGUGGACAUGGCUGAACGCACUAUGAUGGUCACGCUCAAUGGAGAGGUGCUGUUUAAUGACAGAGGAUCAGAACUGGCAGCCAAGGACUUUGAUGUCAAAGACGGUCUGUUGCCUGUGGUGAGCGUUGGGGUGAACCAGGUGGGAAGGCUGAACCUCGGCCGCCAACUAGACUCCCUGCAAUACUUCACAGUGUGUGGCCUGCAGGAGGGUUAUGAACCCUUUGCUCUAAAUAUGUCUCGAGAUCCAGCACUUUGGAUGAGUUGGAGGCAGCCUCAGUUCACCUCCAUAAAACCUGAUGACCACAACCUACAGGUCACCAGAGUCAGUGGCUCAGCAGACUCCUCAUCCAGCCUGAGGGUUUCUCAGCGAUUGUUUGCACACCACGGUGGAGGCAGUGAGUUGGGCUUUUACCGGCUCAGCAUGUCCAUUGAAUGUGCUGCGGUCCUGAAGAGCCCUGCAGGCGGUGUGCUUCCAGUGGCUUCUAACUCUCUCUCCCCUGCUUCAGGAAGGAAGGAUCAGGAGGAGGUGGACUCUGACUUUGAAGUUUUGAUGAAGUCAGCCCACAGCUUUGCCGGCUCGAGAGAUGAGCUCAACCACAAGGAUCACAGUCACGACAAAACCUCCAGACUGAAACAACGGUUUUUGCUCAAGAGGACCAAACCUGGUCUAGUCAGCAGCAACUCAUCUGCACGGCUUCUAGAGGAUGUGGUAGUUGACAAAGAUAACCAGGAUCACCUAAUUCAGAGCUCCAGGUAUCACUACUCAGUGAGGGUUCUUCCAGGCCAGGAGCCGUUCAAUGUGUGGGUUGGCUGGGUGACCUCGAACUUUCAUCAACAUGACGAGACUUUUGACCCUGAGAACGUCCACACUGUGACCAUCACUCUGGGAGAUGAAAGUGGCAAAGUUCAGGAAAGUGUGAAGCGGUGUAACUGCUACAUGGUUUGUGCCGGAGAGGCAACAGGCCUCUCUCAGAGUCGGAGAAGUUCCGGGCUUGAAAUCGGCUGUUUAAUCGACACUGCCACAGGUCUGCUCACCUUUACCUCCAGUGGAGUGGAGAUGUCCACCUUCUACCAAGUGGAAGCCGGUACAAAGCUUUUUCCUGCUGUUUUUGUGGAGCCUACCACCUGCAACAUGUUUCAGUUUGAGCUUGGACGUGUUAAGAAUGUGAUGCCACUGUCAGCAGGUUUGCUUUGCAGCCAAAGAAGGAAUACCACCCCUCAGUGUCCUCCGAGGUUUCAGGUGCAGAAACUAAGCCCAGUUUUGUGGACCAGAAUACCAGACUGUGCACUCAAAGUGAUGGUGGAUCGGCCUGAUGAGUGCCAUGGAUGGAGAGUCCACUGCUCUGAGCCCCUGCGAGCCAUGUCCCUUCAGAUCCCUGAUGAAAACAGGUGUGUUGACAUUUUGGAGCUGUCAGAAUGUGAGGACCUCUUGACAUUUCACCACUCCACUCUCCUCCUCUACUGCUCUUUAUGCGCACUUGGAAACACCAGAGUUUGUCAUGUCCUCUGCAGUCAUGUGGACCAAUCUCAGCUCUUUCAUGCCAUUCAGGAUCCUCACCUCCCCGGCCAGCUCCGCUCUGCAUUUUACCAGCUGCUCAUCCAGGUCCACCUCAGCAGCCACUCAACUGCAUGUCUCAUGAUGAACCAGGAAUACGUCGUGCCUAUGACUGACCAGACCCGAAAAAUAAGCCUCUAUCCCACCCCUGUGAUUGGUGCUGAUGUGGCUAAUGGUCAAACUCCAGAGAGCAUUCCCAGCACUCGUCUGAACACAUCCCUCAAACCACGGAUGCAUUUCUCCUCUCCUUGUUUUGUCAGGAGUGAUGGUUUAGAAGGAGAUGGUGCAUUUGAAGUAUUCUGCACAGACAGCCCAGAAAUCCCUCUGGACAUAUUGACGAAUCUGACUGUAGAGAUGCUGACUGCUGGAGUGUGUGCUGCGGGCCUGGGUGUGAGGGAUCCUGUAGGAGGCAGCAUUGAGCUUCUGCUGGUCCCUUUAAUUAGACUUUUCUACACCCUGCUGGUUAUGGGGGUAGUUGAAGAUGAGGACCUGGGGAAAGUACUGAGACUGAUAGAGCCAGGAGUCUUCUCCAUGAAGGCUGAAACCCCUGAAGAGGGAGAGGAAGAAGAGGAAGUGAGUCAUGAUGAAAAUGAAUGGCAAGGUGGAAAGGAAAAAAAGAAUGAAAGUCAGAAACAGGGGCUUCUUCAAAUGAAGCUACCAGAGGCUGUCAAACUUGAGCUCUGCCAUCUUUUGUCCUACCUGUGUGACUGCCAGGUGCGACACAGGGUAGAAGCUGUGGUUGCUUUCUCUGACAACUUUGUGGGCCAGCUGCAGGAGAACCAACGCUUUCGCUACAACCAGGUCAUGCAGGCACUCAACAUGUCCGCUGCUCUGACUGCCCGCAAGACCAAGGAGUUCCGCUCACCUCCACAGGAGCAGAUCAACAUGCUGCUGAGCUUCAGAGAUGAUGAGCAGCAGGAGAACUGUCCCUGUCCGGUGGAAAUCCAACAACUCCUGCAAGACUUUCAUCACCUCCUCAACACACACUGUGGCAUUGAAUUGGACGGUGAAGCAGAGGACGAAGAGGAAGUUGAGAUGUCGGUAAGAGAGCGACUUCUCAGGCAAGUUGCAAGUGUCGUUGGGUUGAAGAAGACACACGUAGAAGUGGAGGAGCAUCGGCUGCAGAGUGCGAAGUCCCUAAAACAGCUAAUCUCCAAAACCAUGGUGCACUGGGCCCAAGAGACCGAGAUAGAAGACCCUGAACUAGUAAGGGCUGUCUUCACAUUGCUGCACCGCCAGUAUCAGGGCCUUGAGGGACAAAUAGCUGGACCCCUCUGCAGAGCCUACACGAUCAGCCAGACUUCCAUCGAGGACACCAUGGCUCUUCUGUCCUCACUGAGCCAAAUCCGCUCCCUCCUCAGUGUCCGCAUGGGGAAGGAAGAGGAGAGGCUGAUGAUCAGAAAACUAGGAGACAUCAUGAAUAAUAAAGUCUUCUACCAGCACCCCAACCUAAUGAGGGCGUUGGGGAUGCACGAGACAGUGAUGGAGGUGAUGGUCAAUGUCUUGGGGGAAGGUGAAUCAAAGGAGUUCACUUUCCCCAAGAUGGUGGCCAGCUGCUGUCGAUUCCUGUGUUAUUUUUGCCGCAUAAGCCGUCACAACCAAGGAGCCCUGUUUGAUCAUCUCAGCUACCUGCUGGAAAACAGCAAUGUUGGACUGGCUUCCCCAUCGAUGCGAGGGGCCACUCCUCUGGAUGUGGCAGCAGCCUCUGUUAUGGAUAAUAAUGAACUGGCUUUAACUCUGAGGGAACAUGACCUGGAAAAGGUGGUGCACUACCUUGCUGACUGCGGUCUCCAGAGCUGUCAGAUGCUAGUGGCUAAAGGCUAUCCUGAUAUUGGAUGGAAUCCUGUGGAGGGCGAGCGUUAUGUGGAUUUUCUGCGCUUUGCUGUCUUCUGCAAUGGUGAGAGUGUGGAGGAGAAUGCUUACGUGGUGUUGAGGCUGUUGAUUCGUCGGCCUGAGUGUUUUGGCCCUGCUCUGCGAGGUGACGGUGGAAAUGGUCUCCUUGCAGCCAUGGAGGAAGCCAUCAGGAUCUCACAGGACCCUUCAAUGGAUGGACCUUGCACCAAGUACCAGUCCAACAGAAUGCUAGAUGUGGUUCAGGACAAUGAUGAUGACUUCAUUCACAUGGGGCACGCCAUCAUGACCUUCUACUCAGCCCUUAUCGACUUGCUGGGCCGCUGCGCUCCUGAGAUGCAUCUGAUUCAAGGAGGCAAAGGAGAAGCCAUCCGCAUCAGGGCCAUUCUGAGGUCGCUCAUCCCCAUCCAGGAUCUUGAGGGAGUCAUCAGCAUCCCCUUUGAAAUCCCUUCAGUGUCAAAAGAUGGUUCAGUGGUCGAGCCAGACCUCCCUACUGUGUUCUGUCCGGACCACAAGGCAGCAAUGGUUCUGUUCCUGGACCGAGUUUACGGCAUUGAGAACCAGACUUUUCUUCUCCACCUUCUGGAAGUUGGCUUUCUGCCUGACCUUCGGGCAGCCGUGGCUCUUGACUCAGCUGACUUAGGAUCCACUGAUAUGGCCUUGGCCCUCAACAGAUACUUGUGUACAUCUGUUCUUCCCUUGCUUACCAAAUGUACAGCUCUCUUCUGUGCUUUGGAGGACCAUGCCUCACUGGUGGAUUCUCUUAUCCAGGCAAUCUACAACCUCUCCAGGGCUCUCAGCCUGACCAAGGCUCAGAGAGACACGAUUGAGGAGUGUGUGUUGGCUGUGUGCAGUAAACUCCAGCCAUCUAUGAUGCAGCCUCUUCUUCGACGGCUGGUCUUCGAUGUUCCUCAGCUCACAGACUGCAGCAAGAUGCCUUUAAAGCUCUUGACCUGUCACUAUGAGCAGAGGUGGAAGUAUUACUCGUGUACAGGAGGGCAGGGAGACCAGAGCUCUGCCUCUGAAGAGGAGCUCCACCUGUCGAGAAAGUUGUUUUGGGGUGUCUUUAAGGCCCUCAAAGUGAAGCCCUAUGAACCACAGUUAUUAAGGCUUUGUGUCCAGUGCCUCACAGCCGUGGCACAGGCCCUGCCUCCGGACCACACGGACUGGAGCUGCAUGUCUUAUAUUGACCGAAAAACUUCCAUGGACACAGACGGACACUUUGACCCCCAGCCUAUAGAUACAUCAAGUGUGUCAGUGCCAGAGAGACUGGAGUUUUUAGUGAACAAGUAUGCAGAGCACACUCAUGAGAAAUGGUCUCUGGACAAGUUCGCCAAUGGCUGGGUUCACGGGGAGCAGCUCUGUGAGAACACAAAGGUUCAUCCUCUCCUCAAACCGUACAGGGCUUUGGCUGAAAAGGAGAAGGAGGCUUACCGAUGGGCCAUUAAGGAGACAUUAAAGAGUAUGCUGGCCUUUGGAUGGACCAUAGAGAGGACUAAAGAAGGAGAUGCAUUUGGUACACACACCUGCUCACGUGGAGUCUCUCAGUCUGGGCAGCUGUCGUUUGAAGGAGCUUCAACUUUCAGCCCCAAACCUUUGGACAUGAGCAGCAUCACCUUGUCAUGGGACCAGUGUGCUAUGGCUGAACAGCUGGCUGAGAACUACCACAAUGCCUGGGCUAAGAGGAAGAAAUCUGAACUUGGGAGUAAAGGAGGGGGCGGCCAUUCCAUGCUCGUACCCUAUGAUACCCUGACUGCCAAAGAGAAAACCAAGUUCAGAGAAAGAGCCCAGGAUGUCCUCAAGUUCCUUCAGCUUAACGGUUACACUGUGUGGAGGGAUCGCAAGACUGUGGAGUUGGAUUUUCCAGCUGUAGCCAGCUGCUUUGGCUACACUCUUCUUCAGCACCUGAUGUCUCAUACUGAGGAUGCACAAGAACACAUGUUGGAACUGGAGGUGAUGCAAGCCAGAGGACAGAUGUCUAAAAACGAGAGAGCUCCACACCAGCAACCAUUACAUUUUUAUCCCAAGGUUAUCCUUCCUCUUUUGGAACAAUAUGUGAAGAGCCAUCGUCUGUAUUUUCUGUCUACUUCCCUCCACCCAAGCUGUAAUCAAAGCCACGCUUCUAAAAGAGAAAAAGAGAUGAUUGCAAGCCUCUUUUGUAAGCUUGCAGCUCUAGUGAGGCACAGGAUCUCACUCUUUGGUGACGAAGCCUCACAAGUUGCAAGCUGCCUCCAUGUUUUGGCUCAAGCUCUGGAUGCCAGGUCAUUGAUGAAUUCAGCCCCAGAGUCUAUCCAAGCUUCACUGCAUUCCUUCUUUGAGGCAGCUGCAGCUGAUCUGGAGAUGACGGUGGAAAACCUCUCUGUCACAUUGGUCUGUUUGCCUCAGAGCAGGAGUCAACAGGCUAGAGGAGUGGCCAAGGUCCUCAGCUACACCACCUCCAUUCUUGUCCCAACCCUCACUGCUCUCUUCCAGCAUCUUGGCAUCCAGAACUAUGGCGUGGACCUCCUGGUGGGGAGCAUCCAGGUGUCGUGUUACAGGAUCCUGAACAGCCUCUACUCACUCGGCACCAGUAGCAGUGUCUACAUGGAGGGGCAGAGGCCAGCCGCGGGUGCUUGUCUGGCAGCCCUGACUGGGACCUUCCCUGUAUGCUUCCUGGAGCCUUCCUUUAAUCCAAACAACCCCUACUCCAUUUACAACACCAUGAGUGCUACUGAGAGAGAAGACCUGGGGCUGCCCGAGCAGGUGGAGGACAUGUGUCCCCUCCUGCCAUCCCUGGAUCAGGCCUUGGGGGAAGUGGGGGACUUGGCAGGCGCUGGUGCCGGAGCUCGGCAGGCCGCCUACAUCCAUGUCACUGAGGUCACCUUGCCCAUGCUGUGCAGCUACAUAUCUCUCUGGUGCUGCUGCUGGGGCCUUGAGGGACAGCCAGACAGCCCAAUCUGCACCUCUGUCACUCUUCAGCAUGCCAGUGACCUGCUUGGCCACAUUCUCCGUAUAAUUCACAACCAUGUGGGUGCUAGCCAGGGUGACUGGAUGAAACAGCUUGCGGUUUUUUCUCAGCCGAUCAUAUGCAAAGCCCACUCUUUGCUGUUGAAGAGCCACUAUUUGCCACUGAUGGAGAAGUUGAGGAAGAGGGCUGAAUGUGUGCUGCUGGAGGAAGAGCAAAUAAAAGCAGAAGGGUGUGAUACCUCUGAAGAAGAGCUGCAGAUUCAGGAGAAGUUUACCGUUCUGGUGCGAGACCUUUAUGCCUUCUACCCCCUCCUCAUCCCGUUUGUGGAUUCUAAUCGAGCCAGCUGGCUGAAAGAGCCAAACCCUGAUGCUGAGCAGCUGUUUAGCAUGGUGGCAGAGGUCUUCAUAUUCUGGGCCAAAUCUCAUAAUUUCAAAUGGGAGGAGCAGAACUUUGUGGUCCAAAAUGAAAUCAACAACUUGGCUUUCCUCGUCAACAAAGACAAUUUGUCCAAGUUUGACCAGGAGAAAAGGAGGAUGAAGAGGAAAGGGGAUCGUUACUCCACACACACCUCUCUCAUUGUGGCUUCCCUGAAGAGACUGCUCGCUGUGGGGCUCAGGGUUUGUCUUCAUAGUGACCAGAGCCUCAUUAUGUUGGCCAAGAAGGGAUUCACUCAGAAGAACACAGAGGAUGAGAUUCGAGAGCAUGUUUUCAAUUGCCUAACGCAUCUCCAGCGCCAGGCGUCAAACAGCUUGAAGCAGGAGACCCAUAACGGAGAACAACCACAGCAGCUCAAGGCUGUCACUGACGCCCAAAGGACUGUUGACAAGAUUUUGGAACUAGCUCGGGUGCUUUAUUAUUUGGACCAGGUGGAACAUCCUCAGAAGAGUAAAAAACCUGCCUGGCACAAGGUCUUAUCUAAACAGAGGAAGAGAGCAGUGGUGGCCUGCCUGAGGAUGGCACCCCUCUACAAUCUACCCAGGCACAGGGCUGUCAACCUGUUCCUCCAAGGCUACAAUAAAUCCUGGAUAUCUGCUGAGGACCACAGCUUUGAGGAGACGCUUGUGGAGGAUUUAGCUAGGGGAGAAGUGAUUGAGCUGUGUGGAGGCAACAGAGAGGAAGAAAAGGAUGUGAAAGAUGGUGCCAAGCCGAUCGAUCCCCUCCUACAACUCAUUACGCUCUUCAGUCGAAGCGCCCUGACAGAAAGUAAGCUUGGAAAUGACUGUCUGUAUCAGUCCUAUGCUGCUAUAAUGGCAAAGAGCUGCCACAGAGAAGACGCUGGUGAUGAAGAGCAGGAGGCUGAGAGCUUUGAAGAGAAAGAGAUGGAGAAACAGAAGUUACUUUACCAGCAGGCCAGGCUGCAUCGUCGUGGAGCCUCUGAGAUGGUCCUACAAACCAUCAGUGCCAGUAAAGGGGCCAUGGGCACCACGAUUGCCUCCACACUGAAGCUGGGAAUUGCUGUUCUCAAUGGAGGGAAUGCCGUUGUUCAACAGAAAAUGCUGGAUUAUCUGAGAGAGAAGGGAGAUGUUGGCUUCUUUCAGAGCAUGGCCGGACUCAUGCUGUCGUGUAGUGUUCUGGAUCUGAACGCAUUUGAGAGGCAGAACAAAGCUGAAGGAUUAGGCAUGGCCAUGGAUGAGAGAUCAGGAGAGAAGGUGAUGCCUGACAAAAACAUAACCUGCGACCUGUUCCGCUUUCUACAGCUGCUGUGUGAAGGACACAAUUCAGAUUUCCAGAAUUAUUUGAGAACCCAAACAGGCAACAACACCACUGUGAACAUCAUAAUAUCCACUGUGGAUUAUUUACUGAGAGUGCAGGAGUCGAUCAGUGACUUUUACUGGUACUACUCAGGGAAAGAUGUGAUUGAUGAGCACGGCCAACAGAACUUCUCAAAGGCCAUUGAAGUGGCCAAACAGGUCUUCAACACACUAACAGAGUACAUACAGGGCCCAUGUACUGGGAACCAACAGAGUCUCGCUCACAGCCGCCUGUGGGACGCUGUCGUGGGAUUCCUCCAUGUCUUUGCCCACAUGCAGAUGAAGCUCUCUCAGGAUUCAAGGCAAAUUGAACUUCUGAAAGAGCUCAUGGAUCUGCACAAGGACAUGGUGGUGUUUCUGCUCUCCAUGUUAGAAGGUAAUGUUGUUAAUGGAACCAUUGGAAAGCAGAUGGUGGAUAUGCUGGUGGAAUCAUCAGGCAACGUAGAGAUGAUCCUGAAGUUUUUCGACAUGUUCCUCAAACUCAAAGACCUUACCUCCUCUGAUGCCUUCAGAGAGUACGACCCUGAUCGUAAGGGAUGCAUCUCCAGGAAGGACUUCCAGAAAGCCAUGGAGAAUUGCAAGCGUUUCUCCCAAACCGAGACUCAUUUCCUCCUCUCCUGCUCCGAGGCUGACGAUAGUGACAUCGUGGACUAUGAGGCUUUUGUGGAUCGCUUUCAUGAGCCAGCCAAGGACAUCGGCUUUAGCAUCGCCGUGCUCCUCACCAAUUUGUCUGAGCAUAUGCCAAAUGAUUCAAGACUAAGGACGUUCCUGGAACUGGCAGAGUGUGUCCUGACAUACUUCCAGCCCUAUUUGGGACGCAUAGAGAUCCUUGGCAGCGGCAAGCGCAUUGAGCGAGUGUACUUUGAAAUCAGUGAAUCCAGCCGCACUCAGUGGGAGAAGCCGCAGGUCAAAGAGUCCAAAAGGCAGUUCAUUUUCGAUGUGGUGAACGAGGGUGGAGAGAAGGAGAAAAUGGAGAUGUUUGUCAACUUCUGUGAGGACACCAUCUUUGAGAUGCAGCUUGCUGCUCAGAUAUCUGGUUCUGACACUGGAGAGAGGUGUGCUGAAAAAGGAGAAGAAGAUGAGGGUGAAGAAGAAGGUCAAGACAACAAAGGAGUGUUUUUCAUCUUCCACUGGAUGUUAUUGCUGUUUUCUGUGUUUUCUGUCAAAAAUCUGAAAUCCUUAAUGAAGAUGACCCUGAAGGACAUCCUCCUGUCAGCUGUCUUUCUCCUCAGAUUCAUCGUUUUGGCUCAGAUACAGUGUAUUUGUGUCGUAAUCCGCAGCAUCUUAUAUGUGCUGUACAUCGCUUUUGUGAAUGGUGGGCUCAUAGAGGGAGCCAAAAGGAUGACAGUAUUAGACUUGCUGGGUGGGAUCCCGGAACCAACUCUUGAUGAGGUCAUGGAGGUGCCAAGUGGUGUGGAUCGGCUGAGGAAGUACUCUGCCAGUUUUUCUCCCCAGAGAGAAUUGAAGGAGAUUGGGCAGGAGGCAGCUGUGACCUCCCCGAGGGAGCUGGAUGUACUGUCAGACAUAUUUGGCCUUAAAGUGAGGAAGGAGGGAGGUCAAUACAGACUUAUAACACAAGACCUCACUGCCAGUCUCUCUGACCUGUUCAACACAGCUUCCAGAACAAUUUCCACCACAGAUUUAUCUGGGAAGCAUCAGAGAAUGCAACUUAAGGCCCACACUGCCACAGAAGAAGAUACAGAAGAUGAGAAAACAGUCCUUGCAAAAGGGAAGGAAUCUGAAAAGAGGACUGUACAUGAGGCAGCAGAGGCAGAAUGGAGAGCCAAGAAAUGCUCUAACAAGUCAGAGGAGCAUGAGAGCCAACGCUCUGCUCUCUGGGAGACGAUAGGCACUCAUAACAAGAGCCUGCUGAAUUACUUUGCAAGGAACUUUUAUAACAUGCGUUUGCUGGCCUUGUUUGUGGCCUUUGCAAUCAAUUUCAUCCUCCUCUUCUACAAGGUCUCACCCUCCCCUGCAUCACAAGAAGAGGGAGACGUGAUCACAUCUGAUGACAGAGAGGAGCUGAGCCCUGCUGAAGAUGACAACACAAGCCGCCGAGAUUAUUUUGUGCUGGAGGAGAGCAGUGGAUACAUGGAGCCGUCACUCCAUUUCCUGGCUGUAGCGCACACAAUCAUCUCCUUUUGUUGUAUUAUCGGUUACUACUGCCUUAAGGUGCCGUUGGUGAUCUUCAAACGUGAGAAAGAAGUGGCACGGAGCCUGGAGUUUGAUGGGCUGUAUGUUACAGAGCAGCCCCCUGAGGAGGACAUCAAAGGGCAGUGGGACCGACUGGUCAUUAACACACCAUCAUUUCCGAGUAACUACUGGGAUAAAUUUGUGAAGAGGAAGGUGAUGGAUAAGUAUGGUGACUUUUAUGGCUGUGAGAAGAUCAGUGAUCUCCUGGGCUUGGACCAAGCCGCUUUAGACUUCAGCUCCGAGAGGAAAGAAAAGAAGAGGCUCAAGAGAGACACUGCCUGGAGUGCUCUAUAUAACUCCAUUGACAUGAAGUACCAGGUCUGGAAGCUGGGAGUUGUUUUCACUGAUAACUCCUUCUUGUACUUGGCCUGGUACAUGGUCGUGUCCAUUCUGGGUCAUUACAACAACUUCUUCUUCGCUGCACACCUUUUGGACAUCGCCAUGGGCGUUAAGACACUUCGCACUAUCCUGUCCUCCGUCACACACAAUGGAAAACAGUUGGUCCUGACUGUUGGCCUCUUGGCGGUAGUCGUGUAUCUCUACACCGUCGUGGCCUUUAACUUCUUCAGGAAGUUCUACAACAAGAGCGAUGACAACGACACCCAGGAUAUGAAGUGCAAUGACAUGCUCACUUGCUACAUGUUCCACAUGUAUGUGGGAGUGCGUGCCGGCGGGGGGAUAGGAGACGAGAUCGACGACCCUGCUGGAGAUGAGUUUGAAGUGGAACGCAUUGUCUUCGACAUCACGUUUUUCUUCUUUGUCAUCGUCAUCCUUCUGGCUAUCAUCCAGGGCUUGAUAAUUGAUGCCUUUGGGGAGCUGCGUGACCAGCAGGAGCAGGUGAAAGAAGAUAUGGAGACCAAAUGUUUUAUAUGUGGAAUAGGAAGUGAGUACCUCGAUAAGGUCCCUCAUGGCUUCGAGACUCACACUCUCCAGGAGCACAAUCUAUCCAACUAUCUAUUUUUUCUGAUGUACCUUAUUAACAAGGAUGAAACUGAACACACGGGCCAGGAAUCCUAUGUGUGGAAAAUGUACCAGGAGCGUUCCUGGGAAUUCUUCCCUGUGGGAGACUGUUUCCGUAAGCAAUAUGAGGAUCAACUGGGAUGAAAAGAAAUCGGAGAGAUCUGAAGCCUCCCUAGAUAACGCCAUCACAUAGAGGCCAUUUUGAUUGAUUGCCUUUGACUCACUGAAUUACCUUGAGUUUUAAUCUCUGCACCACAUUGAUUUUGGAGUGAUUUUCUACACUUUAUUCAUGUCUUGUACUUGCUUUUUCAUAUUUUCCAUACUAAUGCACAUCAGUAUUUCUAAAUUAUUUAUUAAAUUAUUUGGGAACUAAA